AUGAAAGUGAGGGAAAUGAUUUCUCAUGGUGAUAGCGAACGGGAAUUCAAUAUUGACGGUUAUGCAGAAAUGCUCCUGGGCAAAUCAGGCUUGCACCAGUGGAAUCAUCCUAUGCUGGCAUGUGGUGAUGGUCGUCGCGGUGAAUCGAUCGAGAAAAUAGCAGGAGUAGUUGAAUAUGCAGCUAAAUAUGAAUUGCUGAGGAGGGUCUUCCUGCGUUGUUGCGAGUUUGGAAGUGAGCAGAGUCUUGUUGAUUCCACGGCUGAGGUUGUUACUGAUGGCCACGCUUUCCCAGCUAGUGUGAAGGACCAGGCCGUUUUAUCAGCUCGAAGAGUUUCCGGACCGCAGGUGGCGACCGAAAUCGGCAUCAUAUUCGGCGGUCGCGACUUCGACAAUAAACCCUUGGAGGGAAUCAUUUCCGACUGCGCUACUAUGGCGGUUCAUGACUCCAUUUAA